AUGAAGCGAAGUCUGGAGUCCUUGGGCGAUUCCUACUUGCAAGCAAAGCGGCGGUUGGAAAAUUUGGAGAGCAAGUUCGUGCGUAAUCCAGUUUUAUAUUCGAAAUAUUCGGCAUUUAUGAAGGAGUACCUGUCCCUUGAUCAUAUGUCUCUGGUUCCAAAUGAAGAUAGACACAAGUGCAGAUAUUUCUUGCCGCAUCAUUGCGUCAUUAAAGAGGAUAGCUCCACGACAAAGCUGAGAGUCGUAUUUGACGGCUCUGCAGUUACCACAUCUGGUCUCUCGUUGAAUGAUCUGCUUAUGUCAGGUCCCACCAUUCAAUCCAAGCUGUUUCACACUCUCCUUCGAUUUCGUACAUUUUCCAUUGCUCUUACAGGCGAUAUCGGUAAGAUGUAUAGGUGCGUGCGUGUCUCAAUGCCCGAUACCAUGCUCCAAUGCAUCUUGUGGAGGGACUCUGUUGACGACGAUAUAAAGAUCUUCAAGCUAAACACCGUCACCUAUGGGACUAAGCCUGCAUCGUUUUUAGCUAUUCGAGCUAUGCAUCAGCUGGCCAUGGAUGAGUCGUCUUCGUAUCCAUUGGGUUCGGAAACCAUUCUACAGGACUUCUACGUAGACGAUAUGAUUUCUGGAGGAAAUUCAGUCGAGGAAGUGCUGGAUAUUAUGCGUCAAACCACGGAGCUUCUUGCUUGUGGCAAUUUUCAGUUAAGGAAAUGGUGUUCAAACUCUCCUGAUGUUCUUCGUGGUCCCUGA